AUGAAUUGUCCAGCUCUGCGACAAUGCGAACCGAAUGAAUUCAAAUGUCAAAAUCAACGAUGCGUUCAGAAGAUGUGGCUCUGCGACGGAGAUGACGACUGUGGUGACAGUUCCGACGAACAGAACUGCGUGAGUGGCAAGAAAGCGUGUGUGAAUGCUCAACUGAAGACAGAAUUCCCAGUGAUCUGA